AUGCAGAUCACCAACCUCUUCCUCACAGCCCUGACUGCUGCCUCUGCCGUCUCCGGCUCACCCGUUUCGAAGCGUGAGGUUAAGUCAAUGAUGGCCGCGGGUGUCGCGGAAUGGACCAUUGAAGGUUUUACCCGCACCUGCAAUGCUGAGGAUACCUCUUGCGACUAUAGCUUCAACAUCAACACCCACAUCGCAGAUCCCACAGCCUGCAAAUUCACAACUACCGGCGCACCUGCAAGCCGCGCUGCCUCAAACGCCAAAUGUGGAGCUUUCUCUGUUACAUCGGGCUGGAGCGGACAGUUCGGUCCGGAUGCGGGAUUCACAACCUUCUCUGUCACGGACCAGAAGCUUAUUGUUUGGCCCGCCUACACCGACAAGCAGCUGGUGAACGGCCAGGCGGUAAACCCUGACCAAAGCUACGCUCCCCAGAACUUGCCUUGA